AUGGUGCGCGCGAGCGACAUCCUCGGCCUCCUGGGGAAGCAAGACACGCACGUCUGCUUGUGCCAUGUCGGGGGCGGCGGCAAUUCCAAGCCCCUGCUUUCUGCCUUCCGUCGCAACGUCUUCUCGGAUACCCGCAAGUACAUCCCGUCCACGUGCUUCGAGAACGAGGAGGAGCGUCGCAAGCAGGGUAUCAAUUUUGCAUUCUGUCGGGCCGCCACUAUACAGGAGGCGCCCGCGACGACGGCGGCGCGCGGCGAUUUACUGAAGAACGCGUUCUCGGGCGGAGAGUUCCCCGUGGGGCCGAACUGCGGCAAGGCCCCCGACGCGCUCAAGCUCGAUUCCAUGACCAGGCGGUCGAGGAUUGUGGACUACUUCUCCACUUUCGAAGCAGACCCCGCGAAGGUGAACGUGCAGGAGAAGCGCUUCGAGUGGCAGGCGGGGACUUGGGCCGCGCGCAAGUGA